UAGUGAUUAGUAGUGAUAAUAAUAAGUGAUUAUAAAACACCAUAAAUAUUAAGCUGAAAAUAGCUGAAUGCCAAAGUACUAAAUAGUGAGUACAUACACAUUAUACAAUACGCACAUCAUCGCUAAGUUGUAAAGAACAGAACCAGUCGUAAUACUUACUUACAAAUUGUAAUCUCUCAUCAUGAAAAUCCCACGACUAAAUAUCCAAAUUCGUAUGAUCUACACUAGCAUUCGUAUGCAAAUGAAACCAUCUGAACUCUAUGAUCAACGGGUGAGUGAUGGUCAAUUGAUCAAUGAUGAUCACCAACGUCAGAUCGUCAAACAGCUAGAUGAAGUGUACAAAUCAUUAAAAAGUUAUUCGCCACCAUCACAAAAUGUUAUUUCAAAAUUGUUUGGUGGACUGAAAGUGCCUUUAAAUGGUGUUUACAUGCAUGGAUCAGUUGGAUGUGGUAAAACCAUGUUAAUGGAUUUAUUUUUUUCUUGCUGCGAAGUGGAAAAAAAACGAAGAGUCCAUUUUGAUGAGUUCAUGUUGGAUAUUCAUAAUAGAGUACAUAAUUUAAGAUUGAGCACUAAAGACAAUUUUGAUGCUAUCCCUAUGGUUGCUGAUACAAUAUUAGAACAAUCAUGGUUACUCUGUUUUGAUGAAUUUCAGGUGACUGACAUAGCAAAUGCAAUGAUAUUGAAACGACUUUUCACUGAGCUUUUUGAUAAAGGUAUGGUUAUGGUAGCGACCAGCAAUCGUAAACCGGAUGAUCUAUAUAAAAAUGGACUACAAAGAUUUUUGUUUUUACCAUUUAUACCAGUGUUAAAGCAACAUUCUAUAGUCGUCAAUUUGGAUUCUGGUAUUGAUUAUAGAGUUAUAAGAUCAAAAAGUGGAUACAAAUCAUAUUUUAUACGUAAUGUUGAUACCUUAAAAGAUUUUGAAAACUCCAUUAAAAGAUUUACAAAUAGUGAAAAUGAUACUGUUAGGCCAAGAACAUUAAUUAUUAUGCAAAGGAAUCUUACAUUCCAAAGAGUGUGUGGACAAAUCUUGGAUGCUUCUUUUGAAGAACUAUGUGAUCGGCCUCUCGGAGCUGUAGAUUACUUAUAUUUAGCUCAAAUGUUUCACACAAUAGCUAUUAGAGAUGUUCCUCAACUUGAUUUGGAUUCACUAUCGCCAUUGAGACGUUUUAUUACUUUGAUUGAUACACUUUAUGAUCAUAAGAUAUGUGUUCUAAUAUACGCAGAUAAACCAGUAAAAGAAUUAUUUGUAGCUAAAAAAACAGGUGGAUUAGAUGAUGAUCAGAAAGUUCUAAUGGACGAUUUAGAUUUGCAACCUGAUUCGGUCAAUGCUAAAGCCAACGUCUUUACUGGGGAUGAAGAAAUGUUUGCAUUUGAUAGAACAAUAUCAAGGCUCAUAGAAAUGCAAUCGAUUGACUAUUGGAAAAAUAAUCGCUCAAAAGUAUAAUCCUAAUAUAAUUAAUGUUAAUAUGAUCAAUUGGUUACCAUUUUUAUAAAUCUGUUGUUUGGUGUUGUUAUUUGUUGAUUUAUGAUUAGUUUAAUUUUGAUAUGUUUUAGACGUAUAUUAUGUUAUUAUGAUUAAUAACUAAGAAAAAACUCAACUAUUUUCUACAGUAUAUUAUUAGAUACCUCCAGUGGCGCCAAGUAUUUAAUUAUAUACUAUUGCAUCGCACAUUAAGGGGCCCCCUCACCAUCCUCCCCUUUUUUUAAAUUUAACAAUUGAAUGCAAAUCAAAGCGCACACUUUUAUAAUUUAUGAUCCUCAAAGAUUUUAUGAAUGUAUUGAUUUAAAACCUCCCUCCCCCAAUCUAAGUAAUCUAAUGACAUGUUCUAGAUAAAUUAGGUGAGUGGCGCUACUGGAUGCCUAUUAGAUACAAUUUGUUUGGUUGUUAGGUUAGGUUAAUUUCAGGAAAUCAUAACAUAUCUUUAGAGUUAGAAAAUGCAAUAACACUGUUAACUACCUAAGAAAGUAUCUUAAAUCUAUUGAAUGUACAACUGUAAGCUUUAAAAGUAUUUGAAUAAUAAAUUAAAAAUGUAGUGAUGAAACCAAUAAAA